GCUCUCCCCCUGGGUCGACGAACCUUCUGAUUACUUUGACAAAGAGCAGAGCCCAGGGACCGGCCUCGCGCGCUGCACCUUCCUCUUGCUUCGGGGAAGGGGGACCUCAGCUUUUAUGUGAAGACACAGCCGAGCCCCCUUUAGCUUUCGGAGGAGGCGGCACUCACACGCGCGCAUCCAGGGCCACACUCGCUCGCCCUCCGCGAGCACACACCGGCGGACUUUGGGUCCCUAUGCCCCUGGAUGGUGCCAGCGGACCGGCAUCUCGGAAGCGAUGCAGGAGCGGUGAGGCUGGCGUCGGCCCGCGGAAGCUACAGGACCAUCGCUAGGUGCUGCCGCCACCGGGACGCCCGGCUGCAGGAUGAAUAAGAGAUACUUACAGAAAGCAACACAAGGAAAGCUUCUGAUAAUUAUUUUUAUAGUGACCUUGUGGGGGAAAGCUGUUUCCAGCGCCAACCAUCACAAAGCUCACCAUGUUAGAACUGGGACUUGUGAGGUGGUGGCGCUGCACAGAUGCUGUAAUAAGAACAAGAUAGAAGAACGGUCCCAAACGGUCAAGUGCUCCUGCUUCCCUGGGCAGGUGGCAGGCACUACACGAGCUGCUCCAUCUUGUGUGGAUGCAUCCAUAGUGGAACAAAAAUGGUGGUGUCAUAUGCAGCCAUGUCUGGAGGGAGAGGAAUGUAAAGUUCUUCCAGAUCGCAAAGGAUGGAGCUGUUCCUCUGGAAACAAAGUAAAAACAACCAGGGUAACCCAUUAACCACUCCUAAAUCAAGAAAUCCUCAAGGCUGUUUCAUGGAGAAACAAGAAUAAAAACUGGACUCCUGCAGUGACCUUGAAGAUUUUUAUACCUCUUAGAAGAGACAUUUAAAACCCAUUUCCAAGGGAUUCUAUGGGUUUUCAUCUACUUCUUACUGAAACUAAGACUUUAAAGAAAUCUGAAGUGAACUUUGGGUCCUAAAGACUUAAUCAGCUGUGAACUAUGCUUGGCUCAUGACUCUUCCGGGGGAAGUGGACACUGCUCUCCACAGAGCUUGGAUAGAGUUGGUUUUCUGGGGUGACAGCAGAAACUGACAGCUGUAAGGUUUCUGGCUUCAGCUGUAACUGUUCUUGUGUCUGAAGCUGUCUCCCAAGCUCACUGUACUAUCACGGAUGUGCUCCUGGCUCCUUUGCUCCUUGUCCAGUAGGACUGUGCACAGCUUUGAUGACGUUCCCUUUGCAAACUCUUCCGGCAUGGCAUAGACAGAGACAAUUUUAUUGGUAUUCUAACGUUGAAACUCUGAAAGCCUGCUUGUUUUAACAUCUUAACACUUGCCUCUGCGAAAGGAAUAGAAGUAUUUAUCCAUUGAUAAUGAUAAUCGUUGGCAAAUCACAAUGAUCUGAAUACAUCCCUCAUAUAAGAAUGUGUAGGCAACCUGACACAUUUCCCCAAGGCUAACAUGUGACUGCAGCUCUCUGACCGUUUAACAGAUAGCAGUUAGGACCGGAUUCCAAUUCCCAUCACACAGUACUCUGUGCCUCUAGUGCACCCUUCCUUCCAGGUUUUUUUUUUUAAAGUGUACUUUCUUUUUUAUGUUUCCUUUUACUUUCCUUCACAGAAAUCAUCAGUGUACAGUCAAGUUAGCAGAGAGCUUUUGAUUUCAAAAAUAAAACGAAACUCGCCAGGGAUGCAUGUGCUUCUCUAAUUUCUAAUUACUUACAUUACUUCUAGCAUUUUCUUAAACUAUCCUUUCUGUCUCAUUUGAAGAUCGUCUCUUGCUCGAUUCCAAUGACUGCUUGAAUGCUUAUAUAUUUGUUCUGUCUGUGGAUAGAAAAAAAAUAACCUGUUGAUUUCCCUUGACCACAAAGGUCUAAAUACUGGCUUACGGUUGUUCCAUUCAAACAAUUUUUGGCCAGUAUUUUGUCCAUAUUUUCACAUCCAUCAUAAAACUUGUGAUUUUUAGUUCUUUGUGAUUUUUCUUACAAAUAUUUAAAGGCCUUAAACAUUGAUUUACCUUUUAUUAAGUUACUACAGAAUGUAUAAUUUUGUACUACAUUUAUUUUGUUUCACUUGUGAUGUGGGGGAAGGGAACAGUGAGUACUGAGUUGUCACCCUAUAAUAAUAAUAAUACCAUGUAAACAGAUAGUUUGAAGGCAUACAAAGGCAAGGGUUUUCCAUGCCUUAAUUAUUUUAGUUUGAUUGAAAGAUGUUUCACAGAUCAUCAUAUUAGGUGGUCCAUCAUUUUAGUCAAGGAGUGAAGAUGUCUGGGACUUCUUGUAUUUCUAGAACUCACUGACAAAGCCAGUUCACCUUGUGCUGGUUUCUAGGAUGGAGGUUCACAUAUUCUAGAGAAGAAUUUGUAUCUGUUAGUCUGUAACAAUGCUCAAAGGGUCACAUAUUAACAAGAACCUUUAGUAGGAAGAACAGCUAAAAGUGUAAAAAUCUCUUAAAAAUUACAUUGGAAAAUGACAAUUUUAAUACUGAGUGAAAGUCAACUGCCUCAUGAAAAUAUGGAAUGAAGUGAUUUCUGCCUCACUUUUAAUUGAGGUUUAAUAAAACCAUUUGAGUGGUUCUACAUGGGUAUUGUAAUGGUCAAAUCUACCCAGAGUCAAAAUGAAAGGAGUAACAGUUGUUCUGGACUUUCUCUGUCAAACAAAUUAUCACUACUUUCUUUGGUACAAAAUGAAAAACUAUCAUUUUGGAUAUUAUGAGUUUAUCCUAGGUUUGUUUGAAAUUAAGGAUCAUGCUUCUCAUUUCAAAAACUAUGUCAUUUAAAACAACACUGGAAAUUCUGUAUUAUAUAAAAGUGUAAUACAUGCGUAUCAAUAGAAAAAAUAAAUGGAAUUUCAAAUAUAUGAACUAGAAUAUUCCCAGUAGAUUAAUGUUGUGACUAUUCAGAAAAAAAUUAAAUAAAAUUGGAGUAUAAAAUGGACUCACUUUCACAAGUGAAA